AUGGCGUCGAGUGUCACCUUUCCCCUGACUAAACGUAUAGCUCUCGAAGGCGAAGCAUGUGCAAAUUGGACGAAAAACGUCUUAUUUCGACUUAGUAACAGGAAGUUUCAAACACAGUCCACAGGAAAGCUGUAUUAUUUCUUUUUGUGUCCUUUUCUUGAAGCAAGCGCUCAUACAAUCACGUUUACCUACUUGUUACAUACAAAAAAUAUAAUUACCUUCAUAAAAGUACAAGUGCUUUUCAUUUUUUCCAGUUUUCACUGCUACAUCAUCCCUGACAUCUAA